AUGGCCUUCUUCCGCAUCACCCUCCACCGCUCCGCCAUCGGCCUCCCCAAAGCCACCCGCGGCGUCCUCGAAGCCCUCGGCCUCCGCCGCCGCUCCCACACCGUCUUCCACCCCGUCAGCCCCCAGUUCGCCGGUAUGAUUAUAAAGGUCAAGGAGCUCGUCAAAGUCGAGGAGGUCGACCGCGCCAUGACCCAGCCCGAGAUGCGCGACCUGCGGAGGCCGGACCCGGGCUUCUAUGUUGAGAAGGCUGUUGCGCGAGGGCGAAGAGAGGAGAUAUGUUAG